CUGCCAGCAUGCAGUUCAUCACUUUGAAAAAUGUGACGAGAAGGGAAGGCGAAUUCUAUUGCCAUGGAAUUCCAUAUGCAGAUUUCGAUCGAACUGGUCAUUGGGGUAUAUGGAACAUUGCACGCAUGUUCGAAGCUUGCAGACGAACGAUUUCUCAUCAAAAUAAUUUCUUCUUAUAUGACACGAAAGGAAGCUUAGCUUUUGCAUACGUGGUUCGAAGACAGAAUUUCAAGCUAAAUCAAAAGAUACACGAUAACAUUAGUCUGUUUUCUCCUUUUCUGCCUAAAAUAACAUAUAAAAUGGCAGAAAUUGGCAAUUCCUCAAUUACAAUACACAACAAACUUUACGAUGAUUUCUCUGGAUCUAGUGAAGUAUUUGCUGAAAAUUUUACACGAAUUGUGAAAAUCAACUGGGAAAAGAAACAAUCAACGGAGUUAUCCCGUGAACUGAAACAGGACGUCACCGACAUUUAUCGUAGCCCUUCUGAAAUAUGGCAGGACACAACAGUUUUUCCUGAUAGAACAAAUGAUAUUCCCAUUUACACCUUGUCUCUUCGAGUUCCUUUCAGUGAUACAGAUAACUUACAACAUAUAACACAUGUUAUGUACAGUAAAUACUGUACCGAUUAUGCCACUAAAGCCAUUAACGCUGGCUUCUAUCGCCACUUUAAAGACGAUAUUUGCUGGUAUCCUAUCCUGGAAAUGGACAUCGAGUACCUUGGGGACGCCGCAGAAGGGGAGAUCAUCGAUAUUCAUACGUGGCAGGGUGAAAACCUCCAGCAUCUCUAUUUCGAGACAAAUACACAAGGAAGAAUUAUCAAUAAAGCGAUGUUUGUCAUGGGACUGGAAAAGUCGAGAAAAAAUAGACAUUCAAAAAUGUAGCAUUAUAUGGAACUGUAAAAAUCAGAAAAAAGACAUUUAAAAUGAAGCAUCAUAUGGGACUGGGAACUUAAAAAAAUAAGCAUUAUUUAAAAAUGUAACUUCGUAUGGAACUGGAAAAGUCAGAAAAAUAGAUAUUCAAAAAUGUAAACUUCAAAACAACUGCAGUAACUUUUAUUGAAACUUUGAAUUAUUUACUUAUUUUCCAUUUCAGUGACAUAAGUAAGAAAGAGCUAACAGCAUCAUUCAACUUUAAUGCAUACUUACAUUUUCUUUCAUCAUGAAAAAAAAUUAGAUA